AUGAACAAAAACGAAGAUCUUACUCAGCAGAACACACCUGAAAGUGACAAUGAUGAAGUUGAUGGCAACAAUGUAUGUGGUUUCAAAAAGAAAAAGGGAGCCAAAGGUCCUACAAAGCAUGUUUCUCCUUUAGAAAGUAAGAAGAUGGAGCUGUCCCACACCUCAAAAAUCCCAGAUCCUUGCCCCCUUCAAGCAACCACUGGUUGCUCAGAAUCACCAUCAGACCAGCCUCUUCAAAACCUGACUAGCCUUCCUCCAGGACAAAAAGACCGAGGGAUUCGUGACAGUCCUCAGAUUAGCAGUGAUGUGAAAGAAGAUAUGUCUGGAGAAACCCGAGAUAUCCAGGAAAAUGCUGACCCUGGGAAAAGAAUAGGAACAAUAGAUGAACACAUAGAUACAGCAGCUAAAAUGGAGCUUCCCAUGGGUGUGUGGCCUGUGAGGAGUGCAGGGAAAGCUGGGCGGACAAAGGCAGUGGGCAGGGAGAAUGGUCAUGAGAAGGCAGAGAGUGAGCAAGAUGAACAGGAGGAGAUGGAAGAAGAUGAUGUUGAGCUGCUUGUGGCACAGAUGGGCUCCCUGCACAGAGCUGUGGCCCCACAAGGAAAUUGUACUGGACAGUCCUUCACAAGGACAAAUGCCAUUUCCAAACGAAGUUUGCAAGAAUUGAAAAACCUGCUGAGUGAAGGUCCUCUGCCUGAUUAUGGGCCCAAUUACAGUGGCAAGGCAGGUGGGACUUUUCCUCAGAAAAGUUUGAAGCCCUGGGAAAAAACAGCUGACAAGCAGGGCCGACCCUUUGAGACUUUUAGUCCCCAUUUUGGAGAGGAGAAUCGAAAGUACCACAGCUUCCACAAGGAGGGAGCAGGACAGAAGAGCAAACCUCUCCUGGUCCUCAGCUCUGCUGGGUCUGAUCAGCAGCAACCAGCAGAGAGCGACAUGGAUCAACUUAUUCAGAGGCCACCAGCAGCUUCAACUAAUGCAGAAAACGCUGCUCCCGAGAUGCAGUUUGACUCCUCUGAAGGCCAGGACGCAUCCAGCAGAGAGCUUGAUGUAAACGGCCUUCGAAGCCCAACUCUGCUUCACCUGUUCUCUCAUAUUGAAUUUAUUAAGCAGCAGAUGGCCAGGGACAACAUACAGUUUGUCAGAUUUGAAUCAAUAGACCUCCAUGGUGUGUCAAGAUCAAAGAAUAUUCCUUCUCGCUUUUUUCACGAGAAAGCAAUUAAUGGUGUUGCCAUGCCCAGAAGUUAUCUUGAGCUGACACUGAAUCCUAAAGAUAAUGAAUUAGAUUACAUAAAUGCAACCAAUUUUAAUUGUGACAUAAUCCUGAACCCUGAUUUAUCAACAUUUCGAAUACUACCCUGGACUGAGCAAACUGCAAGAGUGAUAUGUGAUGCCUUCACCAUUCUGGGCUACCCACUAAUGACCUCACCGAGGCACAUUGCCAAGAAACAGCUGAGUCAGCUUCAGGACAAUGGUUUUUCUCUGCACUCUGCCUUCACAUAUGAAUUCUGUAUUUAUGGCAUUACUGAAGUUGUAAAUUCAAAGACAAUAUCUUUUCCUGCAGCCACGAUACUAAAUAACCAUGACCAGACUUUCAUUCAGGAACUCAUUGAAGGAAUGUAUUAUGCUGGUGCCAAUAUUGAAAGCUUUUCUUCUUCCAGUGGGCCUGGGCAAAUGGAGAUUACUUUUCAUCCAGAGUUUGGCAUAGAUGCUGCUGACAGUGCCUUCACGUUUAGAACAGGCAUUAAAGAAGUGGCAAAGAAGUAUAACUACAUAGCUAGCUUUUUCUCAGAGUCAGGAUUCUACAAUUCAGGGGCUUUGUCGCAUAGCCUGUGGGAUGUGAAUGGCCAGAAGAAUUUGUUUUCUGCUGGUUAUGGAGUUGAGGAGCUCUCAGAUAUUGGAAAAAACUGGUUGUCAGGUCUCUUGGCACACACAGCAGCUAUCAGCUGCUUGAUGGCUCCUACCACCAGCUGCCGCAAGCCUUUUUCUAAGUAUAGUAAAGAAUCAAAAGAGACUGUCAAUGCAAAAUGGGGAUAUAAUGAUAACAGCUGUGCCUUUAAUGUCAAAAGUCAUGGUGGAAAAGGCACUCACAUAGAGAAUAAAUUAAGUUCUGCUGCAGCAAACCCCUACUUGGUGCUUGCUGCUACUAUUGCUGCGGGUCUAGAUGGAGUGAAGAGAGAGCUUAGGUAUGAUGACAUGCUCCAAGAAGAAGAUCACACUGUGGAUCUGAAACAUUCAUCAGUCCCUCUGAAACUAGAAGAUGCUCUUGUUGCACUUGAAAAAGAUUCAUGCAUCAAGGAAGCAUUAGGUGAAACUUUUAUCCGAUACUUCAUUGCCAUGAAACAUUAUGAGUUAGAAACUGAAGAAAUGGAUAGUGAAAGGAAUAAAUGCCUGGGGUAUUUUAUUUAG